AUGCAGCGAGAAGACCGCUCUCGGGACCCCGAGGGCUCUGGUUCUCGUCGCCGGUGGUACGAGUCUCGCGAUCGCGAUCUUACUCCAAGAGCUGGAGAUCAGGGAGACUCGCACUCACGCUCGUACUCGCGUCAGCAACAGCAAACACCACAGCAACCACCAGAACCGCAAUCGCCAUAUACACCAACCAUGUAUCAAUCGCCAACCCAACAGCGACAGUACGAUCCGCAACGAUAUGACCAGUAUCAAAUGUACCAACAGUCACCACAGCAAUACCCGCCAUUGCCACCACGUCAACAACAGUACCCGUAUCAGUAUCAAUACCAACAGCAGUACCAACAACAACAGCAGCAGCAGUCGCCUUACUAUAACGCACCGCCUCAAUUGAUGCCCAGUCAUAAUAGUCCUUACCAGCAGCAACAGCAACAGAAUCCGCAACGACCGCAAACGCCUUCAAGUGUCUUUUCGUCCUCCAGUGAUACAUCAACGUCACUGCUAGAUAUCUCGCGAUUCAAGGACACGAAACAGUAUGGUGGCGUAUUUGGCACGUUUUUUAAGGCGCCCUCGGACAGGGUUAAACAGCGCCUCCAUCGAAAGAAAAGCAAGAAGCGUCGCGUACUGUACUUUGGCAAUUCUUCAUCAUCUUCCGUAAACUCUGAUUUGGCCUAUGGAAACGGUUAUGUGCGCCAACCAAAGAGCCGUACCUUAAGCCCCCGAAGUCAAAGUCGUACCUCUGGCCAAGGUUACACACCCGCCGCCGCAGGCCCUGGUCCAAGCCAGGGACGGCGACGUAGUUCUGGAGGGUCUGAUCGUGCUGCGCGAUUGACCCCCAAGAAGAAGAAGACUGCUGAUGAGGAGAUCAUGGCGCUCGGCCAGCAACUUUCUAACCUGGCGCGCCGAUCCAAGGAAGACGAGGAACGUCAGGCGCGCAAGGCAUCAGGUAAAGGUAAGGGUAAGGCCGCCGCCAUGGGACUCGCAGCUGGUGCUGCCGGCGCUGCUAUGGCUUCUCAGUACGGCAAGAAUGGACGAGGCGCGAACAACCUAAAACAGCGCGUUGAAUCUUCAGACGAUGAAGAUGACUGGGAAGAUGCUUCGGAUGACGAGGAUGGAGACGACUCAUCAAGCAGUGACGGCGCAGGCUCAGGUGGCGAUUCAGAGCUUGCGUACGGGACCGUUGCAGAGUCUAGCAAGCCUGCCUUCGGUGGAGCCGCAGCAGCAGCUGGAGGUGCAGCAGCUGCCGCCUAUAUGGCUGACCACCGGAGACAAUCUAGUUACGGCUACGACUCGUCACCUGAGUAUCGACGACAUGGCGACAGAGGCUCGAUUGUCGACCCUCGUCUUUUUGGACCCUACAACUCGCUGCGAGGCUCAAUCAACACACCGUGCGGAUUCCGGGAUGAGAAUGAAGCUGCUGCGUAUCGCCGUGAUUCUGCCAACUUUGGAAACGGUGGACCAAUCCAGAUGCAAGACAUGUAUUCGGGCUCUAACCGUUAUGAUGGUGACCGUUUCUCAACUCCCAUCGCACAGCAGGACCCGUCAGCCCGACCUCCCCCUGUCCCCUUACAACAGCCAGUUCCCAAGGUGCCUGUGUCAUCAAAGGUUUACGAUGCUGAGAAGGUUGAUGAUGCAAACCGCAGAGACCAACGACAGCGUCGCUCCGAACAGCCCGAGGAGAAGGGUUGGGGUGGAGCAGCCGCCGGUGGCAUUGCUGCUGCAGCUGCAGCGGCUGGUGUGGCCAUGGCUUCCUCAUCGAAGAAGGAUGGCCGUGAGCGCCGGGAUGAGCAGCAGCGCGAUCAUGACGACCGAGAGUUGCAGCAACGACUCGAGAAAGAACGCCAGAGAGCCCUCGAGCUUGAAGAGCAGAAACUCCGAGAGCUUGAGCGUCAAAAAGCGCGAGCCCAACAAAGGGUGCAGCAUCCCGAAACCGAGGCUGAACGACACGAAAGAUUGGAGAAAGAACGUGCACGAAACAUGAAAUGGGAACGUGAAUACCGCGAAAUGGAGCCCGAGGCUAUUAUUCCCAAUUAUAAUAAUGAGCGAAAAUCUUCACGAUAUAAUGAUCAUGACGAUACCCCCAAGGAUAGAAACGAGAAGGAGAAGAGUAAUGUCGAUGUAGUGGUUGCCCCCAAACGGGAUCAGAACGAGGGCAAACCAUUCGGAAUCCAGUACGGUUCGGAGUUCCAGCUUGAGCGCGAGCCUUCUGUCAAGUCUCAACCGAGCGAGCGCAAGCCUACACAGAAUGGUCGUGACCUUCCUCUAGCGACUGGUGCAGGCCAUCAAGCCGUGACAGACUCGACCAAGUCUACAUACCCGGAUAUUGAUCCUUUCCAAUACCAGGUUUCAGACGAUGCUUUUACCAUGUCUCAUCCUACGACCCCUGGACGACCCCUUACACCUAAUGUAGUUACUAUUGAGCGCGAACCUAACUUUGACGAUUCUCCACCAAGAGAUUUGUCUGUCGAUGCUCGACUAAGCCGCCGCGACUCCUUUGAGAUUCAGCGCAUGGUCGAAGACUACCACCGAGAGUCGCAAGACGCAUCGCAGCGUCGUGACCCUCGAAAUGGCCAUGAGUAUGAGGAGGAGGAGCACAAGGCUAGAUCGAUCCUUGAUGAAGCUAAGCACGCUACUAUUCCUGUCGCAGCCGCUGCAGUCGCAUCCGCUGUGGCAGUUGAGAACGAGCGUUCGCAAGAGCGUCGAAAGCGUCGAUACUCAGACGACAGCUCUCAGGACACCUCUCGAAGCCGCAAGGAUGCAGUUCAGGAGGAAGCAGACCGAUACUACCGCGAGACCAACAUCGCUCGAAAGAUCGCUUCUGAUGAAAUGCGAUCACGAAGUGCUUCGCCUGAGAGAUCCGUGAUUGACAAGUGGCAAGAAAGCAAGAACGAAUCAUUCACUAUUGUCACGCCACCAUCCAUGGAUGACAAGCACACCGACAAGAGCAUCUAUGAAGGCCCUGACGCAGAUGUGAAGAUCGAUAACAAGAUCCAUCCCCGGGAAGAGCAUCAUUACCGCAAUGUUGGCAACAAGUCUUCCAGAAGGAACGUUUCGCGAGAGCGUCCCCUUUUGAACUUGAUAUAUCCUACACCUGCAGUCAGCCGUCAACACACACCGGCCCCUCAGGCGCGAGAAGCGCCGGAGACCACCGUGGUAGAUGUCAAGCCCGAAGAUUACAGCAUCGGACCCAAGGGCGAGAUCGUUCCUGUAAACGAGCCUGCGGCCAAGUCUGUUAGCUGGGGGGAGAACGAGACGAAGCGUUUUGACGCCGACAGCCCUGAGAAGAGUGAUUCUGACAAUUACUUCCCCGCUGAGAAGGCUGUCGAGAAGUCCAGACCCAAGCUAAACAAGGCGAGCCGCUGGGGGAUUCUUGCUGCGGCACUUGCUGGCAGCAGCGCCGAGCCACAGAACGAACCCGAAGUCGAAGUUGACCCGAAACAAGUGGAGAUGCCAGGAGGCUACUCAUACUCAGAUGCAGGAAGCAGCGACGUUUCUAUUCGUCGUGCCGAAUUCUAUGUUGAUGAUAUGAACAGCUUCCCUCCCGUUGUUGGAACUAAGCCUGAAGGCCCUCAGCAAAUGCCUGGUCGCUUUGCGGACGACUUCGAGUUUGCUGCUACCCUUGCUGCCGGAUUGAAGGACACUGGAUUCAACCCUGACAUUGUCAUUGACGAUCCAACCUACAGCCGACGUGACUCUCCUCCAGGUGUCCAAGAAGCAAAUGGUGACUCUCACAGUGGCUCAAACGGCAAUGCCUGGUAUAAGCGACCCUACGCUGAGGCUGUUCCGGAUCCAGUCGAUGCCCCCAAGCUUCUGCCUGAAAAAGGCUUUGUUCUUGGAGAGGUUGAAACUCCCCAAGAAAAGACCAUUGUUCCUUUCGAAGGCGAGCGUGAUUUUAAGCCAGAUGCGCCAAAGCCUGAAGACGUGCCACUGCCUGACAACCAAUCUGACAGCCCGAAGUUGAGCAAGCGAGAGCAGCGCAAGCGAGACAAGUCAGACGUUGUUGUUGUUCAGGACGAUGGAAAGAUUGAGAGUGUCAGAGCCGAGCCCCCUUUGUCACGAGACGUAGGUGAGCCAGUAUGGGAAGGCAUUGCCAGCAAGAGGAGUAAGAAGGACCGCAAGAGUCGUGACUUUGAUGAUGAGUCGACUUCCAGGGCACCCGCUCCUGCUACUCACGAGUCAAGAUCCGACUACGACUGGACCACUCCUCGGGACGAAGGCCGUAGCCACAGCCGCAGCCGCAGCAGUGACAUUAGCUACGCGGAUAUUGCCAAGGCGGCUGUGCCAGCGCUUGCCCUAGGCGCCAUUGCGUCAAGUUCGAGAGAUACACCCUCUCGGGAUGCCCGCGAAGAUACGCACGACUCUCCCAAGGAGUCACGCCAGCAGCCGAACGACGACUACUACUACGAUGACGACAGGUCGCGUGUCUCCUCGUCUGCAAAGCCCUCUCAUCACCGACAUUUGUCUAGAGAUGUUUCAUCCCGAGACGUUCGAUCAGACGAUGAGCAGGACUCUUCUAAGCAGUCGAGAAAGCAUAAGAAGGACCGCGAGUCAAGAGACGAAGGCAGAUACCGUGAGUCUUCGACUCUGGACCCCAAUGAUCGCCGAUCGUCCAGGAGAGAGUCGUCGCGAGAUCGCUCGAGAGAUCGCUCAAGGGACCGAUCAAGAAGUCACAAAUCCAGGGACCACUCGAGAGACCACAAGUCUAGGGAUCGUUCAAGAGACCGUUCAAGAGAUCACCGGUCAACGGAUCACCGGUCAAGAGAUCGAUCAAGAGACAGAACAAGAGACAGGUCAAAAGACAGAACUAGAGAGAGGUCUGGGGAUAGGUCUCAUCACAGAAGAUCUGAUGACGAGGAAGAGAGAUCUCAGCGAUCGAAACGCCAUCCCUAUGGAUACGACUCGCCCUCAAUGGCCGCUUCUGAACUCUCUGUUGCCAGUUCUAGCAGCAAGAGAAGCAAGAAGUCCAAGCGAAGAAACGGCGACGAUUACGACGAUUCCAGAGAUAGUCCCCGCAAACGUGAUCGCGAGCGCGAAUACCUCGAUGACAGAGACGUAAGCUCUGUAGUGUCUGAAUCGCGUGGACACCGAAGAACGUCGUCUCGAUACGAGGAUGACGAUGUGAAGUCGAGUGUCUCAUCACCUGGCUCAUCCCGUCGUGAGAAGGAGUACAAGGAACGCAAAACACCAGAGAAACGACCAAGCAACAGCGUCCUCUCUGGCCUCUUCAAAUCAAGCAAGGAUAAGAAGAAGGAUUCUUUUUUAGGUAAUGCCGACACCCUUGGCGCGGGUGUCGGCUUAGCGAGUGCAGCAGCCAUUUAUGCGUCUGAUGCUGCUCGCUCUAACGCCGCUGAUGCCCCAUCAGAUCAAGAACGUUCUGCCUCUGGUGAUGGGCUCCGCCAUGCCCGAAGCUUCGAACUGGUUGAUCCUGAGGUCCUUCCGCGUGUUAUCAAACCUGCCAUUGAUCCCCAAUAUGGCGAUCUUCUUCCUUUACCUCCCAGCGAACCUUCUAGCCCAACUUCUUCUCCCUCCGACGAACUCCCACCACUUCCUGACAGCCGACCUGAUACUCCUCCUGAGGAGCGUGGUGCUCGGCGAGAUGCCCGGCCUCUCCAGCGACGCCGAAGUGUUUUCGAGACGCCUAUCAAGUCUCCCAGCCGUACCGCUGUUCCCAUCGCCCUCCGUCUUGGCAACAGGUCCUCAAACCCUGCGUCUCCUGUAAGCUUCCGAGCUUCGCCGGCUAGCUCUCCCGUUAUUCAACACUCCGACGCUACUGUCAUGUCAAGACGACAGGCUCGACCUACUUCUUGGGACAACACCCGUGAAAUUAUGCCGUUGUAUCUUCUUGAACAUUCACGACAUCCCGCGCCCACCACAGGAUCCGUACUUCCUGCGCUGCCUCCUAGUGAGCCUAGUGAGACUUCGGCAAGAAACUCACCCGAAUCCGAAUUUCUUAAACACAACGAUGAUUACUUUAGCGAGAGUCUUGAUUACACUGGACCCGAUCUUAGUACUGGGCCUGAUCUUAGUGUCGACACUGUUCUCUCCGAGCAGCAUGGAAAGGAAUCCGAUGCGGAAUCACAACAGACAACCCCUCGUGCUGAAUUCAUGCCUGUGCUCCCUGAGCCUACGCCCUCUGUUACUUCCAACGAGCCCUCGCCUAAUCUUUCACGGCCCUCACUCCCGGAGCCUACGCCUUCAGCAGCUCCGGACCCGCCUACACCUUCUUUGGCGACUCCUAUGGAGUCCAGGGAGCGAGACGCGGCUAAUGGCAAGUCUUCUCCGCCCACCUUUGACGCCGCUGCCAUUGCUGUUCCCGUCGGCUUGGGCGCUAGUGCUGGCCUGGCUGCUGCUGCUCUUGCCCAACCUAAGGGCCGUACCGACUCGCCUGCAGAGAGGACAGACGAUCUUACUUCUGCCGAUGAGCACUUCUCUGAUGCCGUUGAAGGCCCUUCUGAGCAGACUUCACCCAGAGAAGAGAUGUCUCGAUCCCUUGAGACCGCCCUUGACCGAGAUCCUACUCCCGAGCCUAUAAACAGGUCUCCUUACGAACCGACUUCUGAAACCACAACCGGAGCUUUCGCCACUCCUGUUAAUGAGUUUGUUUCUGAGGAACCUGUUGACGUCAAGCCUGAUGCCGUGGUCGCUGCUGAAAAGGCAAUCAUCGAAGAAGCACAGGACAAGGUUGCAAGAGACAUCACUGGCGCCGCUGAACCUGCCACUGAGCCCUUCACUUUCCCUGUCAAUGAUCGAACUGUUGAAGAGAGCACUGAUGCCAAGUUUGACAUCGAGUCUGCAGCUGAGCCAAUCAAGAAGGUUGAGGAGUCAGCAAUGAAGGAUUUGCCCGAAGUUGUUGAAAGCGCAAAUGAAGCUCGCGCCAUCUUGAUCGAUGAACCUGCCACCCAAGGGCCUGCAAAUGCCAGGUCUGAUACUGAACUUGCAGCCGAAGAGUCAGUUAUCAGGCAGGCAGAGGAGCAGGUAGCUAAGGACAUUGCUGAUGAUGGUGAGACUGCUAAGGAGUCCAUUUCCAUACCUGUCAAGGAACCCGUCUUGGAGGAGCCCAUUGUUGAGGCGCCUACAGCCGUAGAGCCUAUUGUAGACGACUCUUCUCAUGCCGAGCGAGGCAUCGAGCAUGUGACUGAGGAGUCAACUGAGACGGCCGAGGAAACCGCAAAUGAGUCCCGUGAUAUCUCUAUCAACGAGCCCGUUGCUGAAGAGCCUACCGACGUUCAGUCUGGCACCGAGCCUGCAAUUGACGAAUCAGCAGCCAAAGAGAUUGAGGAACAGGCUGCCAAGGAUGCUGCCGCAGCAUUCCAAGCAGCUCAAGCCGCUACCGAAGCCGAGACUGCAGCACAAGCUGCUGUUGACGCUGAAGCAGAGGAGGCUGCCAAGGAAGAGGAGGAGAUGGCUGCUCUCAAAUCCAAGAAGGCGAAGAAGCUCACCAAGGCUGAGAAAGCUCGUUUAAUGACCUUGAUUGGCAACUCGGUUAAACGUGCUCAGGCAAAGGCUACCGAAGCUACUCCUGAGCCAGUCACCGAGACUACUGAGGAGCCUUCCGUGAAAGAGCCUGCACCGGAGGAAACUGUGGCAGAGGAACGUACUCAGCCACAGGAGACUACCUUGGAAGACAGUGUCGCGACACCGAAGGAGCCAGCGUCUGAGCCCCUUGAAAACCUUCGCGAGGCAGAGCCUACUGAGCAGACCGCUGAGCCUACUUCCGUCGAGACGGUAGCCGAAGAAGCUUCUCGAGAUCUCCCAACAGAACCUGUUGUCGACGAUGUCACUGCAACCGUUCCUGAAUCUUCACAGCUGCCCACUGAAGAGUCAAUUAUCGAACCCUCGACCGAUGCUGUUCCCGAGAUUGUCGAGCCCUUCGAUCAGCCAGAAACUGAACUGGCCGACAAGGACAUUACCGAAGUUUCCGGGCCUACCGACACGCUAGAUACCACUCCCCAGCCUGAAUUGAUUGUCGAAGAUGUCACAGUCCCAGAGCCUAGCGUUGAGCCCACGGCUGAACCUAAGAAAGAGACGACCGAGGAUCUUCCUCGUGAGAUCGACGCCUCUACAGUACUUACUCCCGAUGCUGUUGUAGAGCCUCAGACGACCCCAUCUGUUGAUGUCAUCACUGACAGCGCUGCCGAAGCCGCCGAAGUGAAGCCGGAAGAGCCUGUCGCUCAGCGUGCAGAGAACGAGAUCACCACGGAAGAGUGGGACAACAUGAAUGCCAAGGACAGGAAGAACAUGAAGAAGAAGCUCAAGAAGAAGGGACUCGAACCCAUUAUUCAAGACUCGUUCGAUAUUCAAGCUCCUGCAGAGGAGUCCAGCAAGAGCGAUCAGUCCGCCCCGGCUGAACAACCUGCUGCAAAGGACGAGGUUUCUGAAACACAACCGGCUACGACUGAAGUAGAAGUCCCUGAUCAGUCCGUAUCUGAACCUAUCCCUGAAUCUUCCACUGAGCCAUCUUCUGUUACCGAGGUCGUGGAUAUCCAAGAGCCCAUUGUCUCUCAGGAACAGGAACCUGUCAGCAUGACGUCUGGACAGCCAUCUGAGCCUGUACAGGACAACAUGCCAGUUGACAAAGAAUUGCCUGCCGAACAGGAAAGUCGGGAUACAGUCCAGGAGCCGGAGUCUUCCAAGGAUAUAGAAGCAUCCACAGAACCUGCGGCAGCCACACCCGAGAAUGAGCCUGUACCGGGUCCUUCUACCGAGGUCACCACUGUCGUGGAGCCUGCGCCUGAUGCUGCCGUUGAGGAGAAGGCUGUUGGAGAGUUGACCGAGUCUCCUUCCAAGAGUAAGAAGAAAAAGAAGAAGAACAAGCCUCAGCAACAACCCACGGAAGAACCAGUUGUCAUCGAACCCACAGCUACUCCAGUAGAAGAUACAACUAUCGAGUCAGCUCCAGCUCCUGAAGCCGAAAAGGAUGCUUUUGACGCUUGGGCUGAUCCAGUUGUCCCUGUCGAGACUCCAGUUGAUGCUCCUGCCGAGCCGUCUUCUACUAUUGCUGAAGACUUCUCGAACCCUGCGACUGAAUUGCCACUCGAUGCCCCUACGGAGCCCUCUGUUGACGUCGAUGCCUUUGAUGCCUGGGCUCAGCCAGACGCGACUGCAAACGUCGAUGCCCCUGAGCAAGAGCCUGACAAGCCUGUUGAGAACCCUGAACAGACCCCUGAAGCGUCCAACGACCCUGCGCAGGGCGAAGAUGCCGUUUCUUCCAAGUCAAAGAAGAAGAAAAAGAAGAAGAAGGGUACCAAAACAGACGACGAGCCGGUGACUGAGACCCAAGACAAUGCACCCCAGGAUAAAUCUCUUGAAGCAUCCGACAAGCCGACAAAUGAUCCAGUUGAACCAUCCGCCACAACAGGUGAAGCAAAAACCGAGCCUGUCGAUGCUCCGACCGACCAGGCUACCCCAUCGCAAUCUAAUCUGCCAACACCAAAGGAUGAAGGCGAUCAGCUCGCUGAGACAGUCAAGACGCCUCACAUUGACACUCCGGUAGUCGCUACACCAGCACGUGAUACUAGAGAUCUCGACGAUUUAGACGAUGUUCCCUACUCCCCGUCUUCCGAGAAUCUUUCUCCUUCAGAGAGGGCUGUUCGAAAGGAUCGACAAGGUUACUUCCCUUCUGCCCUCCGCGCACUUCCAGGCGCUGCAGGUAUAUCCGCUUUCAAGAGGAUGUGGGGCUUCCAAGAUCAAUAUCGAGCCCAGAACCGCAUGCGAGAAGCUCAGCCGGAAGCCGAGAAGCCCAGUGACGAGAUCCAGCCUGAUACUGUGAAUGCCGAAAAGUCAGAGGUGGCCGACAAGAAACCCGAAGUCCCUGUCACUGAAACGGCAGAGAAUGUCAAGGCCGACGACAAACCGCCACUGACUGCCGAUGAGUCUCAUGUAUCUGAGCCACUCUUUUCACAGGGAGAUGCUCCUAUAGAUGAAUCGCAAGCGCCUGAGUUGGAAUCUUCCCAAGUUGAUGAGCCACAGACCACAGACAAAGAUGUGAGCCACGACGUCCUCACCGCGGAGGAAGUGCCCACGGCUGUCGAACAGCCUGUCACGAAGACGGAGCAAGAUCCCGCAGAGUCAGCCGAGAUCGCACCCGAGGCAGCUAAAGAAGCUCCCGCUGAAGUAACGGAAAGCGUGGACGUCAAUUUCACCGAGGAACCAUCGACCAAGACAACUUCUGACGACACAACGCAUCCUAUUGACGUCAAGCCGGAUGAUACUACUGAGGAUAAACCCGCUGAGAUGACUCAAGACAACGCCAUGAAGCCUGCUGAGACAGCCCAAGAUGAUUCCGCACAGCUCCCCGAAGUUGGACCUGAGCCUUCAGCCGAAGAGGGGUUCAACAAGACAAUUGAGGUCGACGGCAAGAAUGCCACCGAAGAGAUUGCUGUAGACAACGCCGAGGCUGACGCAGCUGGUUCCAAGAAGAAGGCAAAGAAGAACAAGAAGAAAAAGAAGAGUCAAGUAAGCCAGGACGACACGCCUCAGGAGGACGUGAAGGAUUCGACUCAGCAAGACCAAAGCACCCAGCAAGGACCCAUUGAAGAGGCCACAGCUGCACCAAACGAGGUUGACGUUGUGACACCUAUUCAAGAACCAGUGGCGGAAAGCUCUCGUGGCAACACUGAGGAACUUGGUGAUCAAGAGCCAGAAGCCAAGUCGGACGACAAGACGCAAACUGCAUCCGAAACCAACGUUGAGGAGGCCCUCGAAGCCAAGCCAGAGAUCGACGAGAAGCCAGUUGAAUCCGAGCUACUAAACCAGCCCUCAAUUGACAAGCCAAUCGAGCCCGAGACAAAGGAAGAGGCCAAGAACGAGGAGGAGCAGAUUCGACAGUCUAACGAGAGACCACUCGAAAAGGGAACGCCCGACGAGACCCCCGAUGCCAAACCUGCAGACAGCCCAGAGGAUAAGCUCGAAAGCCGUGAUAUGGCGCCUGAACCUGAAGCUUCUGAAGAGCCACGGACCGAUGACAAAUUUGAGAAGCCUGAAGGCCAGGAGUUCCUCGCUGAGACCAACAAUGACGCAGCUCAAGUUGAAGACAAGCCCACCGAGUCUGAGGCUCAGCCUUUGCCCGAAAUUGAUGUCACGCCACCUCAACCUGAAGAACGGGAAUUGCAACAGACGGAUGCUACACCACUCGAAUCUAUCACAGAGGAGACGAUGCAGUCGGAUGAUAAACCGGCCGAGGAUGAGAUCAAAGAGUCUGAAGCCGACGCGAGAUCUCCGGAAGCCGAGGCACCCAAGGAAGAAGAUAUGCCACUUCCACCUGAGGCUGCGGAGCAAAUGCAGACCGAUGAUGAACCCGCACAAGCCGAAGGUAUCGGUCACGUUCCAGUUGAUUCCGAAGCCAAACAGCUUCCUUCUAUCGAGGAGGAGGCUAGCAAAGCAGUACCUGAGGAAUCAACUCAAGCCUCUCAAGACCCCUCUACCGUGCCCUUGAUAGACGAAAACUUGUCUUCAACUACACCUGAACUUGAUUCAACUGCCAAGGAAGCCGAGGAUAGGGCUCUGCGUGAAGCAGAUGAUGCUCAGGCAGCAAAGGAGAAAGAAGAGAUCGAUUCGUUGCUUGAAAAGCAAUCGCGAAGGGGUGGCCGACUCCUCAAGAAAGACCAGAAACGCCUUACCGCGCUUGAAGAGAGUGUGUCUCGAAGAGCAGAGGCACGGGCCGCUCGUGAUGCUGAGGAACAGGCUGCCAAGGAACAACUUUCAUCAACGACCCCUGCCGACACUACCGCCCAGGAGUCAUUUGAAGCGGAUGCUAAGCCAGUUCAGCCAGAGGAGACUCGCGACAUAGACGUUUCUCAAGACAAGACCGGGACUGGCGAAGCACCAGUUUCCGAGAUUCAGCCUGACAUCAGCGAGACAAAGCCAGUCGAGACAUCUGCCGAGACUGAAACACCAGGCGCCGCUAUGUUGGAUGAGAGUGUUGAGAAGUCGACGGAUGUGCCCCAAGAAGAAAAGCCAACGGAGAGUCAGAAUACUACCGAUGCGACACCCACUGCACAACCUCAAGAGGAGACGACAAUUGACAACGAGGCGACAGAGCCAGCAAGCAGCAAGAAGUCUAAGAAAAAGAAGAAGAGAAAGUCAGUAUCCUUUUCUGAGAAUGGAGAACCGCAAGAUCCAGCAACAGAGAAUACCGAAAAAGGCACACUGGCAACUGAGCCCGAACAGCCUGAUCAAACUCCUGACAACACCGAAGACACUUCUUCAACGCCAGCAGAGCCUGCUCCAAAAGAUGCUCCUGCCACUCAAGAUGAGUUCGCAGCGCCGGCCCUUGAGGACACUCCAGCGGACGUGACGACUCCCGACGCCAAGGAGGCUGAGGCUUCUACGUCGAAUAACCCUGAGGACCCUUCGGUCGAGAACACGACUGCUGAGGGCCAGGGCGAAGGACCUUCAGACUCUGUUUUGGACCAGGCUGAGUCAGAGCCUGCGUCUGAGAAGAAGAGCAAGAAAAAGAAAAAGAAGAAGAAGAACACUUCCAUCGACGAAUCAGAGAAGCAGCCCGAAGCGGAGUCAUUGACCCAAGAAAACCCGGAGUCUUCAGCGAAGUCUUCUGACGACGUCAAAGACCCCACUGAACAAGAAGAACCCUCCAUUGCUCCUAUUCCGGUAGAGCAAACCGGCGUUCAGAGUGAAAAGGCGCCUCUUUCGGGAGACGAUGCGACACUUCCUCAAGAAUCGGCAACGGCAGAUGCUGCUGCUGAGACUACCCCAGCAAAUGAUGAGCAGUCACAGUCAGCUGAUGGCGAGAAACCUGUAGAAACCUCUCUGGCCCAGGAACCAGCAUCAACCGUCGAGGCUGCCGACGUACCUAUCGAGCAGCCCCCCAAUGAAGAACCUCUGCCAACCAUUGAUGAGCCUGACUCCCCUGCGAAACUCUCCAAGAAGGAUAAGAAGAAAAAGAAGGCAGAUAAGAAGAAGGCAGAUAAGAAGAAGGCUGCACUUGAGGAAGAAUCCAAGGAGCCUGAGCCUGAACAAGCUGCUUCUUCUGAAAAGGGUGAGGUCAAAGUCGAUCCCGAAACAAACGAGCGCCCGGCCGAAGAUUCGAAAGACACGCGGGACGAAACCUUCAAACAGAUCGAUACCAGCGAGACUCCCAAUGUAGAGACCAUUUUGGAGGGCGAACCUGCCACUCCGGCCAACGAUGCCAACGAGCAAGAUACCGGUAAAACCGGAGAACUUCCUAGCGAAGAACCAGCUAGUCCUGAAGACGAGCGGGGUGGGUUUAGCCUCAGUCAAUCCCAGACCGACCAAAAGAACAAGGCUAAAGACAACGAUUUUCAAAUCCUGCAGGACCUCAAAACCAAUCAUCCAAUGCAGCCGGAACCGACAGCGGAUCCGGAAAAGCAGGAGGCCGCCGUCGCCGCCGUGGAUGAGGCUCAGAGCCAAGGAUCUUCUGAGGGCACACAGCGUAAAGGGGACAAGACUGUAGCUGUACAUUCUGAUACUGCUGUUGAGCCUGAAGCAAAGUCGGAGUCGGGACUGGGAUUGGGAGAGGAAAAACUGGAAGACGGAGAGGAGUAUGCUGGCCUGUCGAAGAAGCAAAUCAAGAAGUUGAAAAAAGCCCGAGCUCUGGCUGCCCAGGAAUCUUCUGCUGAGCCAGAGAUGCCAAAGGAAACCGCAACCUCAACGGAGGAAACAUCGGAACCUGCGGCUGAGACUGGUGCAGAGUCUGAGUCAAACCCUCAGACCUGUGUUGAAUCUGCAGCUGAAGCCUCGACGAGGGCAGACCAGGACCGUGGCCACGAGACCAUGAAUGAACCACUCCCUGACAUUGAGGAGACUGUACCUAUAAUUGAGCCUGAUUUUGAAGCUGAACCCAAGUCCGAAACUGAGAUUCCAUCUUUGGACAACACCGAUACACAACCUGCGACAGAGGGAGCUGAUACUAAGCCCCAAGCUGAUGCCGACUUGCAAAAAGAUGUCAUUGUUCCUGCGUCGGAAGUUGGUUCUGGAGACAACUUAAUUGAUGCCCCUGACCACAGUUCAAGUACUAACCUCGCAGCCGAGGAUCAAGACGUGAAGGAGCCAGAUUCAUCCCAAACAGAGGAAAUGUCUGCGCCGCCACGAGUGCUUGAAGACUCUAGCGAGACCUUCCAAGCUCCUGGCUCAUCUGUUGAAACGGAAUUAGAGCCUGUUGCUACAGUUGAGCCUGAGCCAGUUGAGGCGACUACUGGAGACACUCCAUCCUCACCUUCAAACAAGGUCGAUGCAAUCGCAGAUGAAAUGGCUCCUGUUGAAGAGAAAUUCUCAAGGCCGGCGGAGAGAGAGUUGCCCCCUGAGGAGGUACUGGACGAAGUGCCCACUGACACCCUGGACGCGAAUGUCGCUGAGCAGGCAACGGAAGGUCCUAAAGAGCUUGAAUCAUACCCUGCCGACGUUCCUACUACUCAGCCGUCCGAAUCUCAACACUUGGACUUAGGAGGCGUUUCCGAACCUGCCGUUCCGGUUGAGAAUGCAUCCACCCAUGACACCAAGCCAUCCUCUCCCAAUCUUGCAGCAGAGCCUGCUGCUCAAGUACCUCAAGACCUGUUACCUUCAUCUGACCUUCUCCUUUCUACACCAGUCACAUCGCCAGAGCCUAGGAGCCCGCCACAACUUGUGAGUGGACCCAGCGAGCCUUCACCAGAGGAGCGGGAUGCUACCGAGACUGCUGAAGAGACGCAUCACCUGUCUGUGAAGCCGGAUACUCCCACAAAUGAAGACACUGUGGCUUCCGAUGCCCAGCCUAUCCUGGUCUCAACAGAAGAAGAUAUGGCAGAGGACGCUGUUCAGGAGCGAUUAGAUCGACCGCCACAGCCUGCUGAGCCAGACUCCAUCCCGCAAUCUCCCGUCGCAGGUAGCCCAGAACUUCCCACGGACUGGUCUGCGCCGCAAGAGCCGGUUCAGGAGACCGCUUCGUCGAUACCUUCCAAUGCUGAUCAUGCUCCUGCCUCUGACCACGAGGAAGAACCGGCAGCAUCUGGCUCUCUCAGUACGACGACGGAAGCCAAGCAAGACACUUCAAACGAUGUGAAUGUCGACAAAGUAGAGGGAGAGCCUGUCGAGCUGCCAAAGGACAAGCCUGCCACACCUGUGACCGAGAUUCAGCAACCAUCAGCUCCCCAUGGACACUUUCUUGAGGACUCUACGUCUCAGAAUGACCCACAAGCGACGGACGGCAGGGACAUCGAAAUGGUUCAACAGCCCGAAGUUGCUGAGGAAAGGAGCGGUUUUGAGGGCGCUACGAGUGAGGCAGAAGUUCAAGAGACACAAGAGACAACACGGGAUGCGUUUGUUCCCGAAGGCGAGUCUUCAGAAGCGGCUACUGUCCCAGAUACCGGUGCACUCCCAGGAUCCGUGCCAAACUUAGCAACAGAGCUUACAGACACUCCUGAUGCUAGUGAGCCUGAGAAGCGUAUUCACGAACGCGGCGAGAAUGAGUUUACAACCGAAGACUGGCAAUCUCUUGCUACUAAAGAGAAGAAGAACAUCAAAAAGAAGUUGAAAAGGAAGGGUCUUGAUCUAGUCAUUAAAGACUCUUUCGAACCAACCGUUUCUGGCAGCGAGGCGUUCCCUGAAGCCGACACUGAGUUGCAGCCUGCUCCAGCCCAGCUGGAAGAAAUGGCUACUGGGCUUACUGAAACAGACGCGCAGACUGAGAAACUUCCGGAGGUAUCCGCAUCUGAUCAGCUCAUUUCCAGUCCAGAUGAGGAUAAAUCUGUUCCUGAUACAAAAGAGGAGAUUAGGGGUGACGAGCAAAAGCAGCAAGCAGAACCCACAAGACAGAUCACAGUCGGCCAAGAACAUAUUUCUACUGACGUACCUUCUUCGCAAGAGACAUUCCCUGUCGCUGAAAUCAAGCCGGACCAACAAGAAACCCUACAGGAUGAUGCCCCCUUUACGGAAGACAAGAACGAGGGGGCUGUUGAAUCUGAUGGUCAACCCAAGGACGAAGCGGAAGGCGCAGUUGAGGCCCCAGGCGAUAUCGAGGUGCCUUUGUCUGUCGAAGAAAUCCAACCUGUAUCUGAACCGCAAGAAAGCGUCUCUGUCCCAUCGCCAGCUGAGAACGUCACAAGUCAAGAAUCUGGAAAGGAGACUACGCCUGCUGAGUUGAUUACGGAAACCGAACCCGAGCCGUCGGUAUCACACGCACUCGAUCCCCAGAUAACAGCACCCAAAGUCAUGACGGAUGUUUCCCAUGCUCAGGAUUCAGAGCAACUACCGCCGUCAGCACCAGCCACAGAACCCAGGGAUGUAAAAACGGACUUGGAAACAGUCGUCGAUCCAGGGCUUGGGGAAACUUCAGGAUCACACGAACAGACACCUGAUGUUCAGGAGACUUUUGUGGUCGAGCAACCCCCAACACCAGCAACAGAAGCCUCCCCCAAGAAGAGCAAAAAGAAAAAGAAGGGUCGCAAGUCUGACAUCGGCGAAACCGAUACUCCUUCCAGCGAGACAAACAACGCUAUUGAGCGUGAUGUUCAGCAAGAAACAAGCCGGUCUGUUGCGGAUCCCCAGCAUGAUGAAAUGGAUGACCAAAUCCAGAACAUUGUAGACAACUCCAUGACCAGUCCACCUGUAGAGGAAAUUCCACCAUCGACAGAACAGCGACCGGUUGAGCCAGAGCGUUCGGGUCCUGACAUCUUGCCUGAGCCCUCCCAGACGCGGGAGGCAAAAACUGAUCUACCCAGAGCGGCAAGCGCGGACUUAUUGACGGGAACAUUCGAGACAAAUGAAGGGCAAGGACCUUCUCCUUUUACUGAAGAGCUUGACGCCCAAGAACCCAUCGACACCUCUCUAGCUUCUCGUGAAUUGGAGCCCAAAGAACCCACUCGGUUUCAAUCGGAGAGAGUCGCCGUUGAAGAAGCAGAGUCGACGCCGUAUACUACUAGAGUAGGCGGCGAGGAUAUUCAAGUUCCGGAACUUGACGUACAUGCUGGAGAAAAGCUACUCGAGGUCGAGCAAACUGCGAACACCAUGCCUGCUGAAGACAAGAAAAAUAAGAAGAAGAAGCAUAAGGGCAAGACGAAUCUCGACACUGCUGAGACAGAAUCCACCGAACCCAGCAAUGGUCACGCAAGCCUGGAGCAUGUCCGGACAUCCGGAGAGCCACGAGAUGAGCCAAAGCCCACGGAUGUUGGUAAAAUUGAUCUUUCCGCACAGCCUGUCGAGUCUGUGAAAAUCGACGAGGCAAGUUCAUCCAGAGACGCAUCGUCAGAAAAGCCCGCUUUUGGAUUGCCGAGUUCCAUGCCACAGAAAGAGACGAUGCCGAAAACCACUUUUGACGACAUUGUGAAGCAGCAGCCUGAUGGUGACGCCAAAUCUGUUGAGCCACCUGCUGAGUCAAGAAAGAACAACAGCACAACACAUCAAGAGGGUAUUGCUAGCUCAAUCUUCUCCAUGGCUAGCUCGUUCUUUUCCCAGAAGGAUAAGAAGAAUCGAAAAGGCGAGCCUGCUGGAACACCCGGAACAGGACCGGCAUCACCUGCUGAAUCAGUUCAUGAAGCAGAACAGAAACAACUGCAAGCUCGCAAAACCAAAGCCCGCUCAACCCCCAAAAAUGUGGUAGUUGAGCCUGCUCAGAAAAUUGAGGAAGAGACCACUGUCCAACCGUCUGAACUUCAGAGACAAUCUGACCAACUGGAAGAGCCUGUUGUGCCAGUGGAUCAAGGCAGUACCGAAGAUGCCUCCAUGGACUCUGUAAAAAGUGCUGCCCCUGAUGCCAACAAAGUCCCCACUCCUGUUGCCAUCGGAAGUGAUUCGCAGCCAGAGCAGGCAGUAGAUGCAACUGCGAUGCCUGAGCCCGAGACUCGCCAACCAGUAGAGCAGCCACGCGAAUCUGUACCUGACCCCUCGGAAAAGCUAUCAAAGAAGGACAAGAAAAAGAAGAAAAAGAAGCAGAGGGAGGCCGACGAUGAGACUGAGACGACAAAGGAAGCCCUAGAUAGCGCACCUUCUGGCCCAAUGACUACUAAACAACCCAUCGAAACCGGUCCCGACACAGAGCAGUCUGCUGAAGCCCCCGAGCCACCCUCAACGCUUCUUGGGCCUUCUAACCUGCCCCUGAACUCAGAACCCCCCAUCGAAUUAACGUCCGAUGUGUUCCAGGGUGUAGAUUCUCCGCUUCCAACUGAACAGACUGGAGAGGUUGGGAGGGAGUCCAAGAUCAGCACAGAUAACACUGGUGAGGCGAAGGACAGGCAGGCAAUCGAUCCUGUAACUGAUGGUGGUGCAAAGCCUGCCGAUUUUGCACGUCAGGCGUCACCUGCACCUGAGCUGAUCGUCGAACCAUCGUCAGCGGAACCCGUGGCAAGCGCAACUGGUAUUGGCGAAAGCACUACUAUCGAUGCUGAUAUCACCACUCCAGUUAAUGAUGGUUCUUUGGUAGUUGAACCUCGUCAAGGGCCUUCUGUUGACGAGCUUGUCACAAAGCCUAAGACGCCAGAUGAUCCUCCUAGUCAAGCUCCCAUCUCCGCCCCAUCUUCUUCCCAGCCAACCACUUCUACACCAACAAAGGUAGAAGCCGCCGGUAGUACGUCAGACUCAAAACUGUUAAAGAAGGAAAAGAAAAGGGCGAAGAAGCUAGCGUUAGAAAAGGAACUCUCUAGCGAGCCUGAAGCUUCUGGCACAAGAGAUGACCAGACGCCCCGAGCUAGUGAGGCAAUCGGACCGGACGAGCAAGGCGGCCAAUCUUUAACGCAAAAGAGCACUCAGUCAGCCAUGGAGACCACUGCCCCCAAAUCAACCAACAAAGCUACUGAAGGUGACACUGAAACUGCUGCGGCGAAAAGUCCAAAGGGCAAGAAGACUGAACUCGGAACUGCAACUCCUGUCACUACUGCAGUUGACGACAAGCUUGAGGUACUGCCGAUAACGGAACCCAUGCAGCCUACAGCCGCUUCUGGCCCAGACGAUGAAAAGGCUGAAUCUGGUACAGCAACAACCACCCAGCCAACUGAGAAAGCUAUCUUGCCAAAAGCGACACCCGACGCCCUCCCAUCCGGACCAGACGCUUCAACAGGAACUUCAGUAACGGUCAUCCCUGCCACAAUCCCCCAAGAAUCUGCUGUGAUCCUACCGGAAGAGAAGUCGCGUGAGUUGCCUCUGUCCUCACAGGAUAAACAGAUGGACGCAGCAGACCAAUCAACGAAACCGAUCUUGAGUCCUGUGCAGAGCAUUCAUAAAGACACAGUUUCGACCACUGAAGCGGGAUCCGAUGGUCCACCUGCUACGAGCACAAAAGAGAAGAAGAAGCGCCGAAAGGGCUCAGAACAAAUUGCAUCACCCCCCAGGCCUGCGUUUGACACCUCUCCAGAGACUUUGGCCGACACAGAUAAAUUACCAGCCCAGGUUCCAAAAGACGUUGGCGAUACAAAAGACAGCGUGAGAGGGAAGCCACCGAACAAGCCUGAAACGUCAUCAAUCUUUGCCAGGGUUACGGCGGCGGCAGCUGCUGCUUGGGGUACUAAAAAGGUCAACGAAAAGACAGCGAAUGAACAAACCAAGGGAGAACGAAAGGAAGGUGAUAAAACGCCGACUGAGAAAAGCAGGGCUCAGCAUGAACGUAGUCAGCAAGCUUCAACUAACACAGCAACGCAAAAUGAAUCCGACUCCAAUGAUAUCAAAUCACCAAUCAUGGAUGCUCUCAAGGACAGUCGCCAAGGGACAACAGUGCCCCGAGAGGUCCAAGAAGACAAGACAAGCAGGAGGACAGAGGAAUACAGUAGAGACCGCAAGGACAAAGACAAGGAACAAGACACUACUAGAGACGUGAAAGAAGAGGUCACGACGCCCCAAAAGAGGUUGAAAUCAUCAAGGGGAACUAGGAGCGUUGGGCCAUCAGGAGACGAGCCUCGUGACAACACGGACGAGAGCAAACCGUCAGACCGCCAAGGCGAAAAGCCCAGGCCGCACGUCUCGACCGCAAACGGGUCUGCGAAGCCUGAGAAACAAGACAAGAAGACAUUACGAAGACCACAGCCGGACAGCUCAGACGACGUCGAAAGUCCCAUUCUCGGUCGUCCAGAUUCAGAGUUAUCAGGAGGGUGCCCUCGGCCUCUAUUACGCCGUGACUCAGGAGUAGAGGAGCCAAGAGGCGGCUUGCUACGAGAAGACUACACAACAUUCACCCCAAUUCUGGGUAUGGAGUCCAACCUCAGUGAUACUCAAAGGUCGCCAAGCAGACUCUUGGAGCCAGUCCAAGAGGUUCCCGAAGCCGAAGCCGAACCAAGCAGGGGCGCACUUCCAGCACCCAAGGUUAGACGCAACAGCGGUCCUGUCAGUGAUACAUCGAGCUUUCAGAGACGGAGCAGGCGCCUGAGUGAAGAAGCCAGGCGUGAUAGUUUCAGUGGAGAAAGGUCACCUUUGAGACGAAGCAAACCUCCUCGCAGUCCAGAGCCAUUUCGCGACAGCGGAGUAGACACCGAGGGCUGGGAAUAUCCACAGUCAACUCUGGACCGUACGGUGAUGCAAACUCCAGAACCAAAGACCGAAAGAAGGCUGCGUCGCUCUCCUCGAGGCACACCGGUGCUACGAGAACCUACAGUACCAGGACCAACUCCAGAGCCUGAGAAGAGAAAGCAAUAUGGAGUCCUUACACCAGUUGGAGCCGCUGCAGGCGCUACCGUUGCAGCGGGUGCGGGUGCGGGCCUAGCGUCAACGCUAUCUAGAUCUGGCCCAGGCCCUGAACCUUCAACUUCAAGAUCAACUCCAACUCGAUCUCCAACUCCAACUUCAAGACCCAACUCUAAUCCUGCAGCUUCAUAUGCCGGCCAGAGAAGCUUUUCCGACAAUGCAUCUCCUGUUCGCCGAUCAACUCCCCGUCUCGAGAGCGCAAGUCGUCGGGCUGUCUCUAACACGAGCCUUUCCCGUCGUCGAACGCCAGAGCCGCUUAAUUUUAGGCCUGAAUCUCCAGGCAUCAACAGGUCGUCAGGCACCCCCACUCCACCGCUCCGCCGUGCCGAUAAGCGAAUGAGCGGUGAUCUGCGGGCUAUACGUCAACAAAACAACACCGCUACAGCUCCCGCUACCGCUACUGUAACUGCGCCUGUCAGUUCCACGCCUGUCGCAAAUGAGGGUCGUGCCCGUGCCGCCAAGGACAUGGCCGACGUCUACGAUGGCUUCGGCGAGGGUCGCAUCGGUUCGCCCCGAUCGCCCACAAGGCCUCACAGCAUGCGCCGCCGACAGAGCAUGCAGGUUCUUGAACUCGAGAACAGGGUUGAACAAUUGAUGGCCGAGAACCGAAUGCUCUCAGAAGCUCGUGCCUCUGCCGAGACAAGUUUGAGUCAACGCGCUGCCAGCAGUCUCGCCGAUCGCGACGCCGAGAUCGAUAACCUCAAACAAUCUUUGCAGUUCCUCCAACAUGAAGUUACUCGACUUACCGAAGUCAAUGAUGGCCUAACCAGCGCCAAUGCCGAGCUCGCUAAUAAGGACACUGGUCGUGUAGCGGACCUCGAGAACCGCAACGCGGUUGUCGCGCGUGAGUUAGAAGAGGCACGACGCGCCAAAGGAACUUCUGAGCAAUCUCUUGAAGAGAAAGAUGCGGAAAUUGCCGAUCUUAGAGCCCAACUCGACUCCGCCAAAGAAACGAUUCGCGACUUGCAACGCCAGAUCCUCGAGGCCAAGGCCCAUGAUGAUCACUUCCUCAACAUUCGUGAUGAGGACCACUUCGACCACCGCUGCCAACAGCUUUGCUCUCACGUUCAGCAGUGGGUGCUACGAUUUUCUAAAUUCUCAGACAUGCGCGCUUGUCGCUUGACAAACGAGAUCAAUGAUGAGAAAACAAUUGACCGACUCGACAAUGCCGUCCUCGAUGGCUCCGAUGUCGACGUUUACCUUCGGGACCGUGUAAAGCGACGUGAUAUAUUCAUGUCCAUGACUAUGAAUAUGAUCUGGGAGUUUGUCUUUACUCGCUAUUUGUUCGGUAUGGACAGAGAGCAAAGACAGAAGCUCAAGUCGCUAGAGAAAUUGCUGACUGAGGUCGGUCCUCCCGAAGCGGUGCGCCAAUGGCGUGCCGUUACCUUAACUUUGCUGUCGAAGCGCGAGAGCUUCAAACGCCAGCGAGAUCUGGAUACCGAGGCCGUUGUUCAGGCCAUCUUCCAGACACUAUGCAAGAUUCUCCCGCCACCAACAAACCUGGAGGAUCAAAUUCAAUCUCAGCUACGACGUGUCAUGAGAGAGGCCGUUGGUCUCUCGAUCGAGAUGCGUACGCAAAAAGCUGAAUAUAUGAUGCUGCCGCCUCUGCGGCCUGAGUAUGAUGCAGACGGUGAGCUCACCGCAACAGUUCAAUUCAACGCAUCGAUGAUGAACGAGCGAAGCGGUAGCAUCACAACCUCGAACGAAGAUCUUGAGGCUCAGGCCGCCAUUGUCAGAGUUGUCCUGUUCCCACUUGUCGUCAAGAAAGGAGACGACAAUGGUAAGGGCGACGAAGAAAUUGUGGUAUGCCCAGCCCAGGUUCUUGUUCCCCGCUCCAGGCUGUUCCCUGGAGCAAGUGACGGCGGAAGCACCUCAAUCGGCGCACGCAGUCAUAUUAGCCUUGUGACUGAAACGAUGGGCCAGACCGAGGUAGACUAUUAG